UGUGCGGUUGCUCAGUGGGGAAACGCUUACAGCUGCCUUUAGAAACAAGUCUGGUGGCUGCAGCGAGAGAGAAGCCUCAUCAUGAGGCAGGACUGAGCUGCUACCUCCUGCCUGCCCGCCCAGAGAGAGGGCAAGAACUCCAGGAAGACCAGAUGAUUCACCAACAGUGGUUCUGCCCCGGGUUCAGGAAGCUGGAGACGUCACACACUGGCCUGAGAACAUCGUACAUUCUUUAAGUAGUUAUGAAAAGGAAGAAACUGGUCAGCAGGCUAAAACACUGGAAUUGUCCUUUUCAGGAUCUACAGCUUCAACAUUCCUUGGCUUAACAGCGAGAAGCACCUGGGAAAAUGUGGGCAAGGAAUCUUAUGGCAAGAGCCUUAUACGACAAUGUCCCAGAGUGUGCUGAGGAACUGGCCUUUCGCAAGGGAGACAUCCUGACUGUCAUAGAGCAGAACACAGGAGGACUGGAAGGAUGGUGGCUCUGUUCCUUACAUGGUCGGCAAGGCAUUGUCCCAGGCAACCGGGUGAAGCUUCUGAUUGGCCCUGUGCAGGAGACCUCGUCCAGCCAGGACCAGCCCACUCCUGGACUGAUGCACCAGACCUUCAGCCAACAGAAGCUCUAUCAAGUACCAAACCCACAGGGUGCUUCUCGAGACACCAUCUACCAAGUGCCACCUUCCUACCAAAAUCAGGGAAUUUACCAGGUACCCACUGGCCAUGGUACCCAGGAACAAGAUGUGUAUCAAGUACCACCAUCAGUGCAGAGAGGCAUUGGGGGGGCGAAUGGUCCCCAAUUAAGUAAAAAGGUGAUAACCCCUGUCAGGUCGGGCCAUGGUUAUGUGUACGAGUACCCAUCCAGACACCAAAAGGACAUCUAUGACAUCCCCCCUUCCCAUGCCACUCAAGGGAUAUAUGACAUCCCUCCAUCGUCAGCAAAAGGCCCUGUGUUUUCAGUUCCAGUGGGAGAGAUAAAACCUCAAGGGGUCUAUGACAUCCCUCCUACUAAAGGGGUAUAUGCCAUUCCACCCUCUGCUUGCCGAGAUGAAGCAGGGCUUAGGGAAAAAGAGUAUGACUUCCCCCCUCCGAUGAGACAAGCUGGAAGGCCGGACAUCAGACCUGAGGGCAUUUAUGACAUCCCCCCAACCAGCACCAAGCCGGUGGGGAAGGACCUUCACAUAAAAUAUAACUGUGACACUGCUGGACCUGCUGAACUGGUGACGCGAAGACACCAAAGCAUUUCCCUGAACCAUCCCCCCCCACAGCUGGGGCAGUCAGUGGGCACUCAGAACGAUGCCUACGAUGUCCCCCGAGGGGUUCAGUUUCUUGAACCGCCAGCAGAAACCAGUGAGAAAGCAAACCCCGAAGAAAGAGACGGUGUUUACGAUGUCCCUCUGCACAACCCACCAGAUGCCAAAGGCUCUCAGGACGUGGUAGAUGGUAUCAACCGAUUAUCUUUCUCCAGUACAGGCAGCACCAGGAGUAAUAUGUCCACAUCUUCCACCACCUCAAAGGAAUCUUCAUUGUCGGCCUCCCCAUCUCAGGACAAAAGGCUUUUAUUGGAUCCAGACACAGCCAUUGAGAGACUUCAUCGGCUCCAGCAGACCCUGGAGAUGGGCGUCUCCAGCCUAAUGGCGCUGGUCACCACAGACUGGCGGUGUUACGGAUACAUGGAACAACAUAUCAACGAGAUACGCACCGCAGUGGACAAGGUGGAGCUGUUCCUGAGGGACUACCUCCAUUUUGCCAAGGGAGCUGCAGCAAAUGCUUCCUGCCUCCCAGAACUCACCCUCCACAACAAAAUGAAGCGGGAGCUCCAAAGAGUAGAAGACUCCCACCAGAUUCUGAGCCAAACCAGCCAUGACUUAAAUGAGUGCAGCUGGUCCCUGAAUAUUCUGGCCAUCAACAAGCCCCAAAACAAGUGUGAUGAUCUGGACCGGUUUGUGAUGGUAGCAAAGACGGUGCCCGAUGAUGCCAAGCAGCUCACCACAACGAUCAAUACCAACGCAGAAGCCCUCUUUAGACCAGGCCCUGGUAGCUCACAUGUAAAGAAUGGGCCUGAGAACAUCAUGAACUCCACUGACUACCCCCACGCUGGGUCCCAGAUGCAGCUGCUACAUCCUGGGGACCACAAGGCCCAAGGCCUCAACAAGCCAUUACCCCAUAACCUGGGCAAGGACCAGCCCCCUGACUGUAGCAGCAGUGAUGGCUCUGAAAGGAGCUGGAUGGAUGAUUAUGACUAUGUCCACCUACAGGGUAAAGAGGAGUUUGAGAGGCAACAGAAAGAGCUGUUGGAAAAAGAAAAUAUCAUCAAACAGAACAAGAUGCAGCUGGAACAUCAUCAGCUAAGUCAGUUCCAGUUGUUGGAACAAGAAAUUACAAAGCCCGUGGAGAAUGACAUCUCCAAGUGGAAGCCUUCUCAGAGCCUCCCGACCACAAACAGCAGCGUGGGUGCUCAGGAUAGGCAGUUGCUCUGCUUCUACUAUGACCAGUGUGAGACCCAUUUCAUUUCCCUUCUCAAUGCCAUCGAUGCUCUCUUCAGUUGCGUCAGCUCAGCCCAGCCCCCGCGGAUCUUCGUGGCGCACAGCAAGUUUGUCAUCCUAAGUGCACACAAACUGGUGUUCAUUGGAGACACACUGACAAGGCAGGUUGCUGCCCAGGACAUUCGCAACAAAGUGAUGAACUCCAGCAACCAGCUCUGUGAACAGCUCAAGACUAUAGUUAUGGCGACCAAGAUGGCCGCCCUCCAUUACCCCAGCACUACGGCCUUGCAAGAAAUGGUACACCAAGUCACAGACCUGUCCAGGACCGCGCAGCUGUUCAAGCGCUCUUUGCUGGAGAUGGCAACGUUCUGAAAAGAAAAUGAGAAAAGGAGGACUGAGUGGGUUGCUAGGGAAAACUGGAAAUACUGUCUGGUUUUUGUAAAUAUUAUCUAUUUUUAUAGAUAUUUUAUAUGAAAUGAAAUAUUUUAACAUUUUAUGGGUUAGACGACAUUCAGAAAUUCAGGGAGCUAGAGGGGGAAUUGUGUUUUUCUGUGUGGUUCUUGUGUACACACAUAAGCAUCUAAGACAAACUGUACAGAAACUCGUCCACAUGCGUGUGUAUGCCUGUGUAUUCGUGUUCAUUUGUAGAUGUUUGUCUGAUACAUUCCAUUAAAAAACAUGAAUUAAGAAGCACCUUAGUAAGCACAUCCUAAUGCUGCAUUUUUUUUUUAGAAAACAUACCAGAUAGUUGUAAUAUUGCUCUACGUGUACCAGCAAUUAUUCUGAGCCUGUCACUUCCAAGUCUGGGGAACAUAGUAUAUUUGCUGGUGUUCACCUCCCAGUAAUGAGGCAUGGUAUGACUUGUUCUUGUUUUGCAACCCCUUCCAAAAUUGACUGUCUUGGGCACAUUAUGGCAAAUUGCCUCACUUCUGGUUGAAAAAGCCCUCUUAGAAAGAAAGUUUCAGAAGCCUAUGUUAAUCCAAGCCCCAAUAUUUUCGGUGCUGGAGGAAAGACACAUGUAUUUGGAGGACAUGCGCCCAGUUAGGACUGGGUUUUUCCAUACUGAGAGGAGGUCACAAUAAAAGGAGAGCACGUGUUUCCCCAGGGUUUUCUGAUCUGCAUUUAGGAGUGAUUUGGCCAGGAGGUUUUCCAAAGGAUGUUUUUAGAUUUGCAAAGACCAUAUUAUUCGCAGCAGGAAUUCAUACAGACGCAUCAGACUACGCUCACCCAUAAAAGAAGGGAUGGUUCCAUCCGCCAGUAGUAAGUAGAGGCCUUUCUGACUCUCAACAUUCACUUAGGUGCUACCGCCCCCAUCACCUGAGGGAAACUACCCAGUUCCUUUGUCACCUAAAUGUUAGAGCCAUCUCCUACUCUAAGAAAAUUCAUUGCUUGAUCUUGCACCCUCCUUAAAACAUGUAUAUGCAGACCCGACACUCAGAGCAACUGUAUGGAGCCCAUCUAAUCCUUACAGUUCUUUCUGGCCAAUGACCCUGUGUGUACAGCCCACCACUGUCUCACAGCUCAUCACAAUAUCCAUUUCACAGCCUGUCCCCUUGCACCUGUUGCUGUUGGCACAGCACAAACACACCACAAGCCAUUAGAUUCAUCAUGGGCAAAUGAAAUACUUCCUACCCUGUGGGUAAAUGUAGUCACAUAUUACCAAGUCAAGGAGCGUGUUAUCUGUGAUCUUUCGGUCCAGUUCUUAUUUAAUUGUUCUGUCCAGCCUAUUUGAAAACGUUUUUAUUUGCAAUAUAGGUCUUGACUUAAUUAAGCUUGCAUGUUUUAAACAACCAAAUCAUUGAAACAGGAAAAGAUUUAAGAAAGAAUAUGUGAUCUAAGUGUGAUAAAAAGCCAGUGAAACUUACAGAAGGUGCUUUACAAGACAACCGCUAUGGUAGGUCUCAAAGUUCUGCUCUACCAGAAGAAGAUUAAAAGUUGUAUUGUAUUGUAUUGUUAUUGUGGGGAGGAAGGAGCUUGCUGAAAAUCAACAAAGAAGAUGAAAAAUGUUCUUGUAGAUUUCAUUGUAUAACGUGUAUUUCUUAGGAGAUGACAGAUUUGUUCUAAGUGGUGACAUUUCACGUUUUCAAAACCAAAAUGUCCAAUCUGUAUUAUUCUCUUUCCCAUCCUAUAUGUAGAGACUAUUUUUAAACCAUUAAAUUUUUAGAUCUCUCUUUUCGUAGGCACUGGAUGUUCCUUUCCAUAUUUCUUUCUUUGUCACAGAAUUAAAUGUUGACUUAUUUUGGCACUCCUAAUAUAGAAAGUUAAAUUAUGGUUAUUUUAUCCAUACUAUAAACCUGGAAUUUUUAGGAAAA